GAAGAGAAUAAGAGUAUAAUCUGAAAAUGAAACAUGCAGAAGAAAGUGUCAAAUUGAAAAAAAAUACUCGUUAAUGUAAAUUUUGAUUUUAUUUCUGUAACAAAAUUCGAAAAAAAUAACAAUGAAGCAGAAUAAGGAGAAACCAUGUCAAAAUAAUAUAACAAAACUCAAUACGGAUAUUGAAAAGAAAUCAUCGAUGAGUAGUCUCAUAAUAUGGAACAUUACGAAGGCCCUCGAAAUGAAUCCAGAUCUUAAUUUAAAGAAAGCUUUAGUUACCGCUCAGGAGCGCUUAGAUCAGAAUCCUAGAGAAGUGAAUAUGUUCUUGUCUGAGGACCCUGAAGGUCGUCACCUCGCGUGCGCUCUUCUCGCCUGGCAACGGCUCGGGCACCGCGGCGGCGACAGCCUCCACCAAUUCUAUGAAACUAGAAAAACUGAAGAAAAUGAAGCGGAUUGCAGAAAAAAACACUGUGUAAAUGAAGUAAAUUUAUCGACGGAAACCGCUAAUAUUGGAAGUAAUUUAAAUUAUUAUGAACCGCAGAAUGAAUUUAGGUAUUCGGCUAUUAAAAAUGAGAAGUUAGCAUACUCGACGUCGCCUGUUGGUCCUGUUAUUAAAUUGCCUGUUCAGACCAAGAUAGUUAUGAGGCUGGAGAACACAUCGACGACUGCACGACAGUCAAAUGCGAAAGAAAAGUCGAAGGAACAAGAGAAAGAUAUCAUGACCAAAAUCGACGCUGCUUGUUGCUUAGACUCUGGUUGCGCGGAACGCUUAGCGGCAAUGGAAGCUACGACGAAUGAGCUUAGAACGCGCGCAAUUAAAUUAGCGCGACGCGAGGCCGAACGCGUGGAAUUACUCGAACGUGCCGAAGCGGCCUGGAAGGACUUAGAACUGGGUUAUGAGAGGCGAUUGACGCUCGCCGAAGAGAAGGAAGAAGAUUUGACUAAACAGAUAAAAAAAAUCAUAGAAGAUCGGAACGGGUAUAAGAACGAUUGUACGACGAUGGCCGAACAAUUAAAAUGUAAAGUAGAAGCGGCUGAAAAGGAUCGCUCGCGUCUUAAAGAUGUAGAAAAAGAAAUCAACGGUCGCGCUUGUAUCCGUUUGAAGCUUAGUGAAGAAAUGGCACGCGGUGAUGCAGUACUCGCAGAUGCACAGUGUAAGUCGGCGCAGCUCACCAGGGACCUUAGAUUUAAAGAAGAGCAAGUGCGACGAAAACUAUCCACAAUUUCAAGUGACGCAGAAUCUGCCAGAGCACUUGCUAUAGAAGCAGAGCGUGCUAUGCGCGAUGAACUAGGCGCUUUACGUGAUCAAAUGACGAAUGUAUCCACUCAACUUUUGGAGGAAGAUGCUGAAAAUUGCAGGAUAAAAAAUGAGCUGGAACAGUUGCGUCAAACAAAACUAGAGAUGGUGGAAGAUCUAGAAGGUUGUAAAAUUAUGUGCGAUGAUCGGAUGCAGGGGAAACUAGAUGAGUUGAAGUCUAAGAAAGAAGAACUCAAGAAGCUGAGGGAAAAAGUUAUCGAUUGUCAAUGUAAAUUACCGAUUGAUGUAACUGUCGAAGUGAAGCGAACUCCCUCUCUAGCUGCCACGUGCAGCUGUUCCCCUGACAAAAUGACGGACUCAUGUUCCUGCACAUCGCUCCGCAGCAAGCUAUUUUCGAAUUUAUUGUCGGACUUAUUUCGAGGAUUACAAGAAGAGCUUGGAGAUAUAGGUUCGCAAAUGCCGUGCCAGUUGCUGAAGUGCUUAGAAGACAAAUAUAACUGGGAUAAAUCUAGUGUAGUAAAAACUAACAUUAAAAAUUAUUUCUCGACUCUGCUCACUGGCGAGCUGGAUAUUGCCAUAGGAACAUCUAUCGAAAAGUAUCAUGCGCAGUGGGUCGGUGCUUCGUGUGUUGAUGAAGCCAAGUUAACCAUGGAAACUGAAGAUACGAAUGAAAGUUGGCAGCAGCACGCUAUAGAAUGUCGCGCACAGAAAUUAGCCACGCAACUUGCAGAACAACUGUUUCAACAACAGGCUGACCAGAUUGUACAACAAGCAAGGGAUAUUGUCAAAUCUGGCCACCCUUGUGACUGCAAACCGCCAUCAGUUGCAUACCCUUGCGUGGUGAACGAAGCGCCUUUUGACGGCGAAAGAUUAGACGAUACUACGAGAGAUUUGAAUCGAUUUGUUAGACAAGACCUCACUCAAUAUAGAGUCCAGUUAGAAGAUCACAAGAAGGUAAGACACAGUGAUCGCGCUGUACUCUCCAAUAAUGAAAAUAAUCGCUUGAAUAAUAAUAAACCGUAUUUAAACGCAACAUAUGAUGGACACAAUGAAAACAGAAGCUUUAAUACUGUUAAGAAAACGGCUGUGGUGGAAAAUAAGUUAUCUAAAGCUCGAUCUAGAAAUAUAUCUUCGACAUCCCGUAAUUAUAAUGAAAAACAGGAUAAAUUUCAAAAAAAAAUUGAAAAAGUGAAAAAUUCAUUUGCUGUGAAUUUAUGUCUCUGUGAUACCGAUAAAAAAGACAGUAGCAAAGUUAAUCAUCGCGGUAAUGCGCAACAAAUGGCUUUGAACAAGGAUAAAGUGAAAGUGAAACAAAAAGUCCAAAGAGAUUCAAAAGAUUUUGUUGCACCUCAAAUUUCAAGUAUCAAACAAACAAAACCCAUAAACACAAUUACAUCUUCACCUGUAAUUGAUAAACUCAAGAAAAACGGAACAUCACCGAUACAUCGCUCGUGUCAAAGUGGUUGCGUCUGUUUACAUAAGAUUCCAUCAAAUACAUCAAUAGACGCUUUGUUGAAAACUCUGGCUACAUAUAAAAACGAACUAAAUACUUCCGAAAAAGUUGUUGAACAAAAUGUAGAAAGUGUAUCCUCCCCAGUAAAGUCAAGUACUAAGACGAGUUUUGACAGUAAAAACAAGAAAGAUUCAGGUUCUAAGCUCGAUGAAGUAGAAGAGAAAGAAGAAAUUGUUAUAAGCAAGUCUUCGACGAUUCCGAAAGCUACUGAGUCUGAGUUUAUGGGCACAAUAAACUAUGAAAAAUCUUGUAAAUGUAUUCCAAGCGAUUUUUUUGAUAGAGAAAAUCUAGAAGUUGAAGGGAACAAUACUUUAAGAUCUAACUAUAAAUGCGUCAAUAGUGCAGAAUGUCAAUGUGGAAAAACCAUACAAUCAGAUAAAAUUACUAGUGAACAACAAACAAUGCCAAAGCAGAUAAAUGAUCUCUGUAGUUUUACUCAAACUAACAAAACUCAAUCAGAAAAGUCAGUACAGAACCUGGUUUCAGAGAAGAAGUUCAAUAUUGAAACAAAGUCUAAUAGUAAUGGUACCCCUGAAGACGUUCCAUGUGUUUGUAAGUUUUCAAUAAACUUACUUGGAGUUACAUUAACAGAUACUACGUCUAAGGAUGAAAAUAAAGUAACUUCUGGUAAUAAUGAACAAAAACAUGUAUUUAAUUCUUCAAACUUCCAAGAAACAACUCAGCCUGUUCAUGACCCUGAAACAGUAUCGACUAAAAUAUUCAACAUGAACUGCCAAGACGCUGUUACUAAUAUAUGUCAUGAAAUAAAUUUAAAAGAGCAUAAUAUUCCAAUAAAUGAAAACAUGAACCAAACUAACGACGACGCAAUUGCUAUCAAAGAAAAACAAAAAGAAAGUUCGUCUCUUUGUUCAUCAAAUACUACCAACAUUGAUUCCAGAGACUUGGAAGAAAAUACUUUUUUUUUACUGGAAAAAUAUUUAAGGAAAAAGUUGCAAGAGUUUAAAGCUACUUGUGAAGCUGCCAGCAUUCCAUUCCAGGAAGAAGAAAAAAUUAUGUUGAAAAUACUUAAAAAAAUUAAAGAAACCAUAUCUGAGGCAGAGUGCAAAAUUUCUUGCACGUGUUCGGCGGGUGAAACGCCGGAAGGUAGCUGGGACAGAGCAUAUAGUCUCUUACAAGAAUACAUAAAGGCAAAAAUGAAACGAGCUCAAUGUACUUGUGCUUUAGAUAAAGGUACAAUUAAGACAACUUGUAUGGAUGGACUUUUAACUAGAAUCUCUAGUUUAAUAGAAUACGAUUUUAGACGAAUACAAGAAUUAUAUAAAAAUAAAAGUGAUAGAAAAAUAGGUGAAGAUAUUCCUGAAAAAGACACAAAUCACCCUAUGAUCCAAAAAUAUAAAAAAAGCAUUGAAGUAACGAAAUCUGAUCGAUUGGGAUUAAAAACUGAAACUAACACGAUGUCAUGUCAAGCGUUCAUAGUAAACGACAAAAAAAUGGUAGAAAGUGCUACCAAAGCGGUGCAAAUUAGCAAAAUGAGCAACAAUAAUAUAUCUAAGUUAGUUGGGUUUGACCUGGAUGAAGAAAAUUUUAGUAGAUCUAUAUCUGGUAACUUAACCUCUAUAGGUAAAGUUUUGGAAUUACUCGUAGAUAAAGUUUUACCUAAUGAAUCUAAAAAUAUAUUACAAAACAAGGCUAAUACUUAUACUUUCCAGCCUGACAGCCAGACAGUCGAUAAAGAUCAAAAUAAUGCUUUAAACUAUAAUCAAAACAUAGUCAAUGUUGUUGGUAAAAAUACGUCUAACAAAUUAACUGAUUCUGUAGAACCGUUGCCUUACAUAGGUUGUACCAUUGACUGUGUUUGCGACAAAAAUAUUGGAUCCUGCAUAUGCAUAAAAUCUGCUGUUAAACAGAAUACGAGUAAGAUUGCAGACCUGUGGAGUACAUUUCUGCGCGAAAACAAUAAAUACGUAUUGGAUAGUACACGCUUGAUGGACAACAUGCUCUCGCGUGUUUAUUCCGGUAAAGACAAACAAGUAUUUGACCUUGAAAGAUCUGAGGAAGAACAACAACAACUAAUGAAGAAAGAAGAGCAAGCUUGUGAAACCAUGACUGAUGCACCUAGUGUAGACAAUAUAAUUUUAAAAGUGUCUACUGAAGUUUGUAAUGUUGCCGUAAAUUUCAAUGAGAUGACAAAUACAUUUGAUGACAGUGAUACUUUAGAAACUUGUUUAUCAGAUAAUGAUAUAGAAGAAUGGUCUGAAGCUCAACCUUCAUUUAAGCUUCAGAAAUCAUUUGAUAAAACCAAAUCACAGUUACAUUCGCAAAUUCACGAAAUUGUGGAGUUAAAAAAUGACACUACCGGAUUAACAUCUGGAAUUUGUGAUUGUAAUAAAGUUCCCGUCUGUCACGUGAAGUUGCUUGUUGACAAUAUUGAGCAAAAAUUAAUGCAGUCAGAAUGCACUUGCGAUUCCUUGUCUUCUAACGUGUGCCCAGUACAUUCUUUGAAAUAUUUUAUAAAAAUGAAUAGUGAUGGGAGAGCCGGAGAAAAUUCUAGUGCUGAGAAGCGAAGGAAGCCCCAUAAGCCGAACAUUUUGUCUCGUAUAUUUCUAUGGUGGAUGUGCCCCGUACUCGUUAAAGGAAAUCAAAGAGACAUUGUCGAGGAUGACCUCAUAAUUCCGAAAAAGUCAUUUAAUUCUGAAAAUCAAGGAGAGUAUUUAGAAAGGUAUUGGCUCCAAGAAUAUGAAGCCGCGAUAAAGGAGAAAAGGGAGCCGUCAUUGUGGACAGCUUUACGAAAAGCUUACUGGUUGGGAUACAUGCCGGGAGCUAUCUACUUGAUAAUCAUAUCUGUCUUCAGGAUAAUUCAGCCGCUAGUAUUCGCCGAACUGCUUUCCUACUGGUCAGUAGAAGCAACUAUAACUCGACUAGAAGCAAGCUAUUAUGCUCUAGCACUUUUAGGUAUAAACUUCAUUAAUAUGAUGUGUCAACAUCACAAUUCAUUGUUUGUAGCGCGCUUUGGACUCAAGGUUAAAGUGGCUUGCUCAUCUUUAGUAUAUAGAAAGUUGUUGCGCAUGGACCAAGUAGCCUUAGGAGAUGUAAGCGGAGGGAAACUGGUGAACCUGUUAUCUAAUGAUGUUGCUAGAUUCGACUACGCAUUCAUGUUUUUGCACUACCUCUGGGUGGUACCAGUUCAAGCGGCUGUAGUAUUAUAUUUCUUAUAUUAUAUUUCUGCGGGAUACGCACCGUUCGUCGGCUUCUUUGGGGUUGUGAUUUUAAUUCUACCUAUACAAGCUGGUCUCACAAAAUUGACCUCUGUGGUCAGAAGAGAAACUGCUCAGAGAACCGACCGAAGGAUAAAAUUGAUGACGGAAAUUAUUAAUGGCAUUCAGGUUAUUAAAAUGUACGCAUGGGAGAAACCGUUCCAAGCAAUCGUCAAGGUGGCAAGAAACUUCGAAAUGAUAGCACUCAGGAAGUCUAUAUUCAUUCGGAGUGUUUUCCUUGGUUUCAUGCUGUUCACUGAAAGAAGUAUAAUAUUUAUAACAUGUUUGACAUUGUUACUUACGGGUAACCUUGUUACAGCUACUCUGAUUUACCCUAUUCAACAAUACAUCAGCAUUAUUCAAAUCAAUUUGACUAUGAUACUGCCUCUUGCCAUUGCAAGUUUGUCUGAAAUGCUGGUCUCGUUGGAACGCAUUCAAAAUUUCUUGGUGAAAGAUGAAAGAGAGGACGUCCAAAUAACACCAAAAUCUUAUGGAGAUGAUAAUAGAUUGAUUUUCAACAACAAGGCAUCGCUUGGCCCUCAAAACGAAAUUAUCCCAAAGAAAUAUUUAGCCACCGAUGGCCAACUUGCCUCAACAUUAACGAAUGAACCAGUGCUUCAAACUGACCCAGCCGUGUGUGACUAUCCCAUAGAAUUAUCUAAAGUAGACGCCACAUGGUCGUCAUCAACAGAUACUUCAGAAAUGACACUAAGGAAUAUUAGUCUCAGAAUAGGCAGAGGCAAACUUUGUGCUAUAAUUGGACCUGUUGGAUCAGGAAAGUCAUCCAUUUUGCAAGUUCUUCUGAAAGAACUGCCGGUUUGCGGUGGUAGCCUGAGAAUAAAUGGGAGGCUUUCCUACGCGUGUCAAGAGUCUUGGCUGUUCCCUGCUACUGUGAGAGAAAACAUUUUGUUUGGUUUGCCGUACGAAUCACAGAAAUAUCACGAGGUGUGUAAAGCUUGUUCGUUGCUUCCUGAUUUCAAACAAUUUCCGUACGGAGACCUCUCCUUAGUUGGAGAGCGAGGAGUAUCCUUGUCAGGGGGACAGCGUGCCAGAAUUAAUCUCGCUAGGGCUGUUUACCGAGAGGCCGACAUUUACUUGCUAGAUGAUCCUCUCUCAGCAGUGGACGCCAACGUUGGCAGGCAGCUGUUUGACGGCUGUAUCAAAGGAUAUCUACGGGGUCGAACUUGUGUCCUUGUAACCCAUCAAAUCCACUAUCUUAAAGCAGCUGACAUUAUUGUCAUACUGAACGAGGGGGCAAUUGAAAACGUUGGUAGCUACGAUGAUUUGGUCAAGACCGGAACAGAGUUUUCGAAGCUGUUGACUAAUCAAGAAAGCAACGAUAAUGAGAAUGGCCCGGAAAAGAAUUUCUUACGGGCUAUAUCGAAAAUAUCUACUAAGAGUGUUGAAGAUCCAGAUAACGAGAAGGUACAAGUGGAGGAAGAAGAGAAACGUGCCAAAGGAAAUUUGAAAUUCUCUGUUUUAUACAAGUAUUUGUCUGCAGUGAAAUCAUGGUUUCUAGUAUUUUUGAUGGUAGCCACAUUAGUUAUCACACAAGGAUGUGCGAUGUUCAUAGAUUAUUGGCUGAGUUUUUGGACAAAUCAAGUUGAUGAGUAUGAACAAUCUUUAGCUGAGGGAGAAGAACCGAGCACAAGUUUGGACACGCAAGCCGGAGCGUAUACUUUAGGAGUAUACCUUUGGACUUAUGGCGGAGUCAUCUUAAUCCUCAUAGUGAUCAGUCACGUCAGAAUUUUAACUUUCGUCAUUACGACUAUGAGAGCUUCAUCUAAUUUUCAUGAUACCGUUUACAAAAAGUUGAUUAUCACAGUUAUGCGAUUCUUUGACAUGAAUCCCUCAGGUCGUGUGUUGAAUCGUUUUUCAAAGGAUAUGGGUGCGAUGGACGAAUUCCUUCCGAGGAGUUUAUUUGAAACUGUUCAGAUGUAUUUAACAUUAUGCAGUAUACUUAUUUUAAAUGCUAUAGCAUUACCGUGGACGUUGAUCCCAACAGCGGUACUUUUGAUUCUCUUCUUCUUUCUCCUGAAAUGGUACUUAAAUGCUGCUCAAGCUGUAAAAAGAUUAGAAGGCACAACUAAGAGUCCAGUACUCGGCAUGAUCAACUCUACCCUCACAGGUCUGUCUACGAUCCGAAGUUCUAAUUCACAAGGACGACUGCUAGAAAUGUUUGAUAACGCACAGAAUCUCCACACGAGUGCAUUUUAUACGUUUGUUGGUGGAUCAACUGCAUUUGGUUUAUAUCUGGAUGCGCUUUGCUUAGUUUAUUUGGGAGUGAUAUUGACGAUCUUCCUUGUAAUCGACUUCAGUACUUUAAUUCCCGUCGGUAGCGUGGGCUUGGCUGUGAGUCAGUCUAUGGUGUUAACGAUGAUGCUGCAAAUGGCGGCUCGAUUCACAGCCGACUUCCUCGGACAAAUGACGGCUGUCGAGAGAGUUCUCGAAUAUACCGAGCUUCCGAUGGAAGAAAACAUGUAUGAUGGAUCCCAACUUCCCAAGGACUGGCCUACACACGGUCAUAUUGAAUUUCAAAAUCUAUUUUUGAACUAUUCUCAAGAAGAUCCACCAGUACUCAAAGAUUUAAACUUUGUAAUUGAGAAUGGUUGGAAGGUUGGAGUAGUCGGUCGAACCGGUGCCGGCAAGUCUUCUAUGAUAUCCGCACUGUUCAGGCUGUACGACCUGCAAGGACACAUCAGAAUAGACGGAAUCGAUACCAACAUCAUCGCUAAAACGGAGCUAAGAUCGAAGAUUUCUAUCAUACCACAAGAACCGAUUUUGUUCUCUGCAUCGGUGCGAUACAAUUUGGACCCCUUCGACAGUUAUAGCGACGACGAAAUUUGGAGAGCUUUGGAACAGGUUGAACUGAAAGAGGUAAUUCCAGCGCUCGAUUAUAAAGUGUCAGAAGGCGGCAGCAACUUUUCCGUCGGUCAGCGACAACUGGUAUGUUUGGCUCGAGCUGUUUUGCGUUCUAACAAAAUCCUUGUAAUGGACGAGGCGACAGCCAACGUUGAUCCUCAAACUGACGCGUUGAUUCAGACGACGAUACGUCGCGAGUUUGCGUCAUGUACGGUGAUCACGAUCGCGCACCGACUCAACACGAUCAUGGAUUCUGAUCGCGUCCUGGUCAUGGACAAAGGAGUUGUUGCCGAAUACGAUACUCCUUAUGCUCUGCUCUCCGACCCCAAUUCGAUCUUCAGCUCGAUGGUGCGCGAAACAGGAGAUACAAUGAGCAAAGUCCUCUUCCGAGUGGCUGAAGAUAAACAUCUUGGUAGAAAUACAGAAAAAUGAACAUAGAAUACUAUUUUUUUUGCUUUAUAAGGUUUUGUACGAAUUAAAUACACGAUUUCUGCA